UUCUUAUACGACAUUCGCGCCCAACGGUUGACCCGGGUCCCGAAAACACAAAAACCAGAAAGAAACCCGAAACGUAAACUGAAAACGAACCCACAAACUGAUUCGAAUCCAAAACGCUGCGUGUUGUGUCGUCUCGUGUCGUGUCGUGUCGUGUUUGGUUCACAGUGUGAAUCUUAUGGAUUGUCGGCUCAGGUCUUUAAUUGUGUCACUAAUGAGCCGCAUUUAUGUUAAUCUCGGCACCCGGGUAGCCGCCGUCUAAGCCUUUCAAGCGACCAUCACAACGAAGCCGACGAUGCCGACGGGGCAAACGAUUCCUGCUCAGGGGACAACGACGACAACAACGACGAAGCGGACGAUGUCGAAGACGCAUCUUUAUCUCGCGCUGUGAAUUAACAUACAACAUUCAAACACUCAAACACAGCAUUCAGUAUUCACAUAUUCAAGUAUUCAGCAUAUUUUUUUUUGGUAGUUUUCACCUGCUGCGCCGUUUAUGGUUAUUGCCGCAAUUUCGUUGUGACAGUCGGAGGCGCUUUAUCAUAAAUUAAAAAGUCGUGUAGUCGGAGACCCCUCGGACAGCGUCGCGGACAGAACGAAGAAGACACCGGCGGCUAAGUGUGUGGAUUGUCGUGUGGCUGCCAAUGCGGUGGCUUCGUCUUCUUCGUUUUCGUCUUUGCAUCGCUCGCGUCGUUCGUGGUCAGUGCGUGUGCGGCUUUUGUGCUGAUGAAUGAUGCUGGAAGCCAAAAGCUGCGACUGAGACUUCGAGAGUGGAGUCGAGCUGAGAUAUUUGCAUGAAUGAAAUCGCGACUUGUGAUAAACGAGCUGAACUCGGACUGAGACUGAGGCUGAAGCUGAGGCUGAGGCCUGUUUUACCGCGCAUAUUGCUUGAAGCAUUUAAGUGUGAUCCAAUGAUCUGAUCUUGGCGCUCCGGCGAUGACUUAAUUUAAACGCGACGCGCCCAGAAGGUGUUAAUUAGCAUAUGAACACAUACACAUAAAUCGAAGCAAACGAAUCGAAUCGAAACUUACGACUAUUUCAGCAACAACAGUCACACUAGCUCUAAAAACUGUGCAACUCCAACUUGACAUUUAUCGGACGUUACUAUUUGCUGUCGUCUGCUCUUUCGGUUCAUUAAGAAAAUAACAUUAAAAUACGCUGCGACUGCGUCUUUGCAGCGAUUCAUCAAAAGCAAAUAAUCAAAAGAAAAACGCCAGUGAAAAAAGAGUCAUAAAAGAAACGAGCAACAAAAAUAGAAAUAUAUAAAAAAAUAAAAUAUGCCUUUUGUAAUUGUGCAUAGCUUAACAAAAUUUCUAUGGCAAGUUCUAAAGUUCUUAAAGUCAACACUUUGAGUGUGAAAAGAAUAUGAUGAUACUCCAACGAAUAUCGAAUUGUAUUUGUGAAUGUAAAUGUGAUUGUGAUUGUGCUUGUGCUUGUUUCACAACGUAGCCAAAAACCGAAGAUGUGGAAAAUACAUAACAAACUCUUAAUAUACAUACUCUGGAUUAUGGAAAUAAGAUUAGUAUCCAGCUUUACGUCCGCCAUGCUCUGCGGCCGCAUACCCGGCCUCACGAUGGCCCAGCGACAGCUCUGCAGCGACAUGCCCGACGCCCUCAUCGCCCUGGACGAGGGUCAGCAGCUGGGCUCACGCGAGUGCCAACAACAGUUUCGGGGUCAUCGCUGGAACUGCUCGGGGGUGUGGCAGCGCAACGUUUUCUCCCAUGUCAUACCCAUAGCUUCUAGGGAGGCGGCUUAUACUUAUGCCAUAGCCAGCGCUGGAGCCGCGUACUCAGUGACUGCCGCUUGUGCGCGAGGCAACAUUUCCACCUGCGGCUGCGAUGUGCGGCACAAGGCGGCGCCACCGGACUGGAAGUGGGGCGGCUGCUCGGCGGAUGUGGACUUUGGCAUGCGAUACACACGCAAGUUCAUGGAUGCCCGCGAGUUGGAGCGUGAUUCGCGUACGCUUAUGAAUCUGCACAACAAUCGUGUGGGGCGCACGAUUGUGAAAAAGCUGCUGCGCACCGAUUGCAAGUGCCAUGGCGUCAGCGGCUCGUGUGUCAUGAAAACGUGCUGGACUAGCUUGCCGCCCUUUAGCGUGAUUGGCGACAAGUUGAUGCAGAAAUAUCACAAAGCCAAAACUGUUCAAGCCGUCAGAGGCAAACGUGGACUGAGAUUAGUAUUAAGCAGAAAAAAGAAUGCCGCCGCAGCCGCUGGUGCUGGUGCUGCACAGAAACCUGCGCUCGUUUGGCCCAAGCGCAUGGAGCUCGUUUACCUGGAGGCAUCGCCCAACUAUUGUGAGCGCAGCAUUCAAACUGGCACACUGGGCACAGCGGGCCGACCCUGCAAUCGCAGUGGCCACGGCCCCCAGAGCUGUGAUCUGCUGUGCUGUGGGCGUGGCCACAACACCCAGCACAUACGUCGCAAGCAACAGUGUCGCUGUCAGUUCCACUGGUGUUGCUCCGUCGAGUGCGAACUGUGCGACGAGAACUACGAGGAGUUCACCUGUAAAUAGUUGUCCCCUAAGUUGCCAAGUUGUUGCCCCUAAGUUGCCCGAGGGGACGCAAGGCGAAGGCAUGAAUAUGGCAAGGCAAAGCGAUGCGAAUGUUGCUAGUAUUACAUAGUUUAGCUUAUAGCGAACUUAACUUAGUAUUAUAAAAUAUGUACUACACACACUCACACACACACACACACAAACACUGACAAACACAAGCGUACACAUGCAGAGAAGCUCGAAUAAAUUUUAG